UGCUGUGUUUGUUGGCUGCAGUAUUACUGCUGUAAGCCGGAGGAGUCAGAGAAGGGGGAAGACGAGGAACCAGAACUCACCAUGUCACCUUCUCGACUGGCUCUGUGUGCUCCUCCCACGCCUCCAACGCCGGAGCUCUACAGCGAAGAGCCUGAGUCGUACACCCCCACCUUCCUCACCGAGGCCAACGGGCCCUCCAGCCACUCCUCUCCACCUCCCCUGCGGAGUGGGUGCCAGCGUGUCCACGCCUUCUGCCCGUCCUGCGCCCGCUGCUCGCUGCCCUUCUACCUGCAGCAUACGGAGCGACUGUGCAACGGAGGCCGCCGGAUCAGCUACCGGACUGUGCAGCAGCAGGACCUGGAGUUGCCCGCGGAUCUGGACAGCUUCUACCAGAAACUGAUCCGCUCCUACACCAUGAAGGAGGUGGUGAGCCACAGCGUGAGCACCGACGUCUAAGCAAAGCCUGCUGGCUCUUUAUCUGGGCUGGAUGGAGGCCUGCAGCUGGGAGCCACAGCUGGAGCAGCUUCUGACCAGAGCCUGUCCUUCAAAAUGAUCAUGCAUAACAAAUAUAUCUUUGCCACACUGCUAAAUGAGUGGGUUAC